GCCAAAAGCAAUGGUUCCUCUGCAGGUGAAUUUCACUGGCAGGGAAGAAGAAUCAGACUUUCCAUACUCUGGGAACUUGACCCAUACUCUCGGUUUGAAUUUCAAGGAGUUGGCUUUUUCACUUGGUCAAUUAUCUAUGGUGUUUCUUGUUGACCUUUUCAGGUUCAAGAAUCACAAAACUCUGGAUCAUUUGCCAUUGUUGUUGCGUAUUUCCUUCUCACUCAUGGAUCAGUACUUCCCCUUGGUUCAAGAGCAAACAGUAUCCUUACUCAUGCAUACAAUGCACUCUAUUGCACCAGACCACCCUAAAGCAAAACGAUUUGUGGAAACUUUGAGAAAAAGGGACGAUCUGACCAGACUUUGGACCUAUGAUUUGAAUAACGACAAAAAGGGGGCACUACUCCAAAGAAUAUGA